AUGAUCACAGCUGUGGCUGCCGUAGGAUUUCUAGCAGUAAACAUAACCUUCCGUAACACAGCAGGAGCAGAGAUGCACCAAGCAGUGGCGCUUCGAAACGGUGCUGAUCUUUCAACCUUUUAUAGAUGCAGCUUCGAAGGGUAUCAAGACACAUUGUAUGCACAUUCUAUGAGACAAUUUUAUAAGGAAUGUGACUUUUAUGGUACUGUCGAUUUCAUAUUUGGUAACGCGGCAGUAGUGUUACAAAAUUGUAACAUAUAUGUUAGACAACCAUUAAAAGGCCAAUAUAACCUCAUAACUGCUCAAGGCCGAACUGAUCCAAACCAAAAUACAGGAUUUUCAAUGCAGUGUUCCUCUUUUAAGGCUGCCGAUGACUUAACAUCUAGCGAUUUCGCCGUCAAGACUUAUCUAGGGAGGCCAUGGAAGGAGUAUAGUAGAACAGUGUACAUGCAAUCUUUCAUGGAUAGUUUGAUUGAACCUGAUGGUUGGCAUGAAUGGUCUGGAAGUUUUGCACUUGACACAUUGUAUUAUGCUGAGUACAAUAAUAUUGGACCUGGAUAUAAUACUGCUGAUCGUAUCACUUGGCCUGGGUACCAUGUGAUUAAUGAGACCAUUGCUUCUUAUUUUACUGUAAAUUAUUUCAUAGUAGGCAACUUUUGGUUGCCUUAUACUGGUGUACCUUAUACCUUAGGUUUACUUUUUUUUUUUUUUUUUGGUGAACAAGCGAUAGCAUUAGAUUAA